GGACGUCACGGCGGCGCCGAGCGGCGAUUAACGGGCGGGGGCGGCUGAAGGUGACGGGCGGCUGAGCACCGCCAUGGCCGCCCGGCAGCUUCUGGCGCUGCGGCACCUCCCUGCUGCCGCCGCCUACUCGACGGCGCCCAAGAAGACGCAGUUCGGGUCGCUGCGGGACGAGGACCGGAUCUUCACCAACCUCUACGGGCGGCACGACUGGAGGCUGCGGGGCGCCCUGAGCCGCGGUGACUGGUACAAGACCAAAGAGAUCCUGCUCAAGGGGGUGGACUGGAUCCUCAACGAGAUCAAGGUGUCGGGACUGCGGGGUCGCGGUGGGGCUGGCUUCCCCACUGGCCUCAAGUGGAGCUUCAUGAACAAGCCCCCCGACGGCAGACCCAAGUACCUGGUCGUGAACGCAGAUGAGGGGGAGCCAGGCACUUGCAAGGACCGUGAGAUCAUGCGGCACGACCCGCACAAGCUGGUGGAGGGUUGCCUCGUGGCAGGGCGAGCCAUGGGGGCCCGAGCUGCCUAUAUCUACAUCCGUGGUGAAUUCUAUAAUGAAGCCUCCAACCUGCAAGUGGCCAUCAGAGAGGCCUACGAGGCUGGGCUGCUGGGGAAGGAUGCCUGCGGCUCAGGCUACGCUUUCGACGUGUUCGUGGUGCGAGGCGCUGGGGCCUACAUCUGCGGGGAGGAAACUGCCCUAAUCGAAUCUAUUGAGGGCAAGCAGGGCAAGCCGCGCCUGAAGCCGCCCUUCCCUGCAGAUGUGGGUGUGUUUGGGUGUCCCACCACGGUGGCUAACGUGGAGACGGUGGCAGUGUCCCCCACCAUCUGCCGUCGAGGAGGGGCCUGGUUUGCUAGCUUUGGGCGUGAACGCAACUCUGGCACGAAGCUCUUCAAUAUCUCUGGCCAUGUCAACAACCCCUGCACAGUGGAGGAGGAGAUGUCAGUGCCCUUGAAGGAGCUCAUUGAGAAGCAUGCAGGGGGUGUCCGUGGGGGUUGGGACAACCUGCUGGCUGUGAUUCCGGGAGGCUCCUCAACGCCACUCCUCCCCAAGUCGGUGUGUGAGACUGUGCUGAUGGACUUCGAUUCCCUGGUGCAGGUGCAGAGUGGGCUUGGCACAGCUGCUGUCAUUGUCAUGGACAAAUCGACUGACAUUAUUAAAGCUAUCGCCCGCCUCAUUGAGUUUUACAAGCACGAGAGCUGCGGACAAUGUACCCCGUGCCGAGAAGGAGUUGACUGGAUGAACAAAGUUAUGGCACGGUUCGUGCAGGGCAACGCCCAGGUAGCAGAGAUCGAUGCGCUGUGGGAGAUCAGCAAGCAGAUCGAGGGCCAUACCAUUUGCGCACUGGGUGAUGGGGCUGCCUGGCCCGUGCAGGGUCUCAUCCGUCACUUCCGCCCAGAGCUGGAGGAGAGGAUGCGACGCUACGAGGAGGCCAAAGCUCGAGUGGCAUCAGCUUAAGGACAAACUGGUGUAGACUGGGAGGAGUCCAGGCUGAGUUCCUUCUGGAGCACCCCUGCCUGCAGACACACAGGACCACUGACACCCAUGGCCCUGCCUUUUCCCGCUAGUGGGCAUUUGUCUUGCGCGAGUGGCUCCCUGCAGCUGUUCGUGGGGUAGUGGGACUGUACUCCCUCACUGGUGUUUCUCAAUAAACACUGCUGUGCUCA